GCUGAUAAUGAAGCUGGCACUACAAAUAGAAAUGUUCUGCUCACAACGCCUACUAAAGCGCAACGCAAAUUUAGUUCAUUAACGAACAGAAAAAAAAAUAAACAAAUUUAACAACAGAUAUUGAAGGCUGUCAAGGCGGCCACAAGCUGCGCAUAAAUCAAAGCCGCCGAACUGUAAAGUCCAGCAUUAUCAGUCGGGUCAAUCGUUUAAAGACAGAGCAAUCGAUAACGCAUACGCACAGUGUGCCGCAUGCUAUUAAAAACAUAUUUCAAUUAGCAUUUGCCUAAAUAGUUAUUAAUGAGUUUUUAAUUUUAUUUACAAUAUAGCUAAUGACUAAAUUAUAUUUAGGGCUUAGUUGUUAUAUAGACAUGGCGAAGUUCACUGCGCUUUGCUGCUGCUUAAUGCUCUGCUUAGGUUAUCUGGAAGCUGCACGCAUGUCGCGUUAUGUGGUGCAGUGGCGUCAAUUUGAUUGCUUUAACCACUGGGGUAUAGUGAAGAACGUCAGCUGUCGCGUAGAUUCUACAAAUGAGCAAUGGCUCAGUGCAGACUUUGAACUGAGCUCAACUGUGGAAGCCGUGCGGCUCAAGUACAAGCUUGUGGUGCCUCGCAUGCUUGCAACUAAAACUGAUAUGGUGCUGUUCGAGUCCGAGUUAGAUGGCUGCAAGCUGCUGCGCGAUGGUGUGGCGCAGAAUAGACUUGUGGGCAUUGUACUCAAGAAUAUGCUAAAAGACAGCAAUCUGGCACGUCGUUGUCCCGUUGCACCGGGUCAACUGUACUUUCACAAUGUCAGCUGCCUUGAUGGAUUUCCAGCGUUUUUGCCUGAAACUGAGUUUACGGCGUACUUGAACUUUUAUGCUGCCAACGGUAACGAUAACGUGCAAACCAUUCUUAGGGGCAACAUUAUGGAAUAUCAUAGAGCACGGCUAAAGCAACAUUUCUUUUAAAUGCCUGCAACAAACUAAAAUACAAUUGCAAUGUCAACG